AUGGAUAUAAAUACCCUUCUUGGCAAUCUUCUUGAUGAAGUAUCCUGUUCUGUGUGUAUGUGUACAUUCACUGAUCCAAAGCAGUUGCCUUGUUUGCACAGUUUCUGUCUUCACUGCCUGAAUGGAAUUCAACGAACGAGCGGCGUCCAUGGCAAAAUUACAUGCCCCGAGUGCAGGAGACAGUUUCACAUCGCUGGAAGUGGAAAGCCCAGCGAGCUUCCAACCAAUUUUCGCAUAAACAGUUUGCUAGAUGUCUUGGCAAUAAAAGAGUGCAGUAUAGCUAACGUAAAAUGUGGAAACUGCAACAAACGGAAUACCCAGACCUUAUAUUGUUUCCAGUGUUGUUCCUUCUGGUGCGACGAAUGUGUUUUAGCACAUAACAUUAUACGCACCAAUAAAGAACACAGAACGCUGGCACUGAAGGAUUUUCAAGAUCAAGACAUCGAGGCCGUGUUAAAGAGACCGGCAUUUUGUCAAGAAAAACGACAUGAAAAAGAAGAGUUGAAGCUCUUUUGUAAGGACUGUAAAGUCGCCAUCUGCAACACUUGUGCUGUAACACUCCAUGAAGGUCACGGAAAGAUGCUUUUGGAAGAAGCUACAGACGCGCGCAAGACUCAGAUCCCCAGAUCAACUCCAUGACUCAAUCUUUCAUAGAAAACGCACAAGAAAAACAAAAAGAACUCGAGCAAUUGAACCAAAAGAGCACGGACAUUAAACUGCAAGUUGCCGACUUUAAAAGCCAAGUGCAGACCAAUGUGGAUCAAGUUAUUGCAAUCAUCGAAGCGAGGAAACAGGAUGUUUUUGAGUGCAGUCGAUAAUCAAGCGAAAAACUCUCUGGAAUCCCUCUCAAAGAAAAAAGACGAAGUUGAAAAUCAAGUGAAAUUAAUUGAAUCGGCAAUUGAACAAACUAAAGCCCUUGUCAAACGAAGCUUUAGUACUGAAAUCCUUGGAUUCAGUGAAACAUUUGAUUCAAUCCUUCAGGGACAGGGCACCCAAGGAAACCGUGACAUUGAAUGUAUUCCUCGGUUUAGUUUCACUAAAAGUGAAAAAUUGAUUAACGUGUUGAACAAUGAAGGGAUAGGUAAUGUAAAUAUUGUUUUAAGCGAGACUAAAGUGCAACAAUCAGGAGCUAAAGGUAAAGAAAGUAAUAAAGUAAUUGCUGCGAUUAAAGGGGCAAAUGUUCAUGACAGUCCUCUUGAGACUCAGAUACAAACCAGGCGCUUCAGAUCUGUGCUGUCAUUUGGACAAAACGGUGAGUCUGUUGGAAUGCUUAAGGGGCCCUAUGGGGUGGCAGUGAAUGAUCGUGAUGAAAUUGCUGUGACUGAUUACGGUAACCACGGUGAUGGUACCCACUUAAGAUCGUUUGGUAGGUCGGGUAAGAAUAAUGGUGAGUUCCAGGGCCCUAGAGGGAUCGCUUUUGAUAGUCUUGGCAACAUUGUACUGGCAGAUAGUAAAAACCACGGGGUGCAAGUCUUUGAUAGGAAUGGAAACUUUCUUAGUAAGUUUGGUGAACAAGAAAGUCAUGAUAAUCAGCUUAAAUACCCUGAAGGUUUAUCAAUAAACGGUAACGGUGAUAUUGUUGUUGCUGAUAGAGAUAACAAAUUAAUCAAGAGAUUCUCCUCUAGUCGCAACUAUUUGCGUAAGUUUGGUGGAGCAGGUUCAUUGGUCACUCCCAAUCACUGUAUCCAACACGGUCAAUAUUUUAUCGUCUCAGAUGAUGGUGAUCAUUCCAUUAAAACGUUUGAUCUUGAGGGGAAAUUUAUUUCUAAAUUUGGAAAAAAGGGGAACAAGGAUGGAGAGUUCAAUUGGCCCCUUGGCCUGUCAGUUAACAAAGAAGGAUUGCUAAUGGUCUGUGAUUCAGAAAAUCACACAGUUCAAGUAUUUGAACUGAGUGGAAAGUUUGUUACAAAAUUUGGAAGUAAAGGCAGCGGGAGAGGAGAGUUGAAGCAUCCAUUUUCAACAGCAAUUCUUAGUGAUGGAAGAAUAGUUGUGUGUGAUUCCAAUUACUCUCGAGUCCAGGUAUUUGAGCAUACAUGAAGUAAUCUAUAACCUGCGAAUACAACCGUCUUUCCUCGCUUCUCGUCGUUAGGGACCUUUCGCGGAAAACAUCUCUGCCGCAAAACUUCGUAAUAGCAGCGAUGAGCGAGGAGAGUCAUGAUCAGCUGUAUUCGCAGAGGGCUACAAAUAAUCCUACCUUUGAGAUUCAGUUCACUAUUAUAUAUUCCGAUCAUUAAUCAGCACCGUUCAUGUUUCGGGAGGAAAUCCAUUUUGUGCGAUUAUUUUGUUUAGACAUUUUGAUAUGUUGAAAUUGGUGUUUUAAGUUCUACUUGCAAAUACAUUUUGCCCCAUAAAUGAUAUGGAUUUCCACUGUCGCGUAAAAGUUGAGUUUUCGCCAGCGCGACCAUCCUUACAUUGCUUCUAUUUUAUUUACGCCGUAAAUGCAAUACUUGAAAAAAAACUGCAAUAGAUUGACUAGAUCCACAGUUUAUUAUUAUGAAAAAAAAAUUCUGUUACAUUUUAAGCUCAUAUUAUUACUAAUUUGCAAUUAUUUAUCUUCAGACUCUGUUCAAUAUUUAGAUACAUUUUUGAAAGUGUGUUUUUGAAAUGGGUUAAUUGUUAUCUGUUCAAUAGCGAGGACAGACUGAUUGGUUCACAAUUUUUUAACAACAAGGCUUAUUUUUACUUAGCUUUACUUAGUCAGUUUGAGUAGGCUAGCUUAAUUUGCCUACUCUGGAUCUCGAUCUGAUAGUAAGCUUAGGCUAUCUGUGGCUUUAUAAAUAUUUCAAAAAGUUUAUGCUUUGUAAACAGAUUAUCAGUUCUCAGAAAUAAUGAUUAUUUUUGGAUUCUUCAUGUCGUCAAAACUUAAAACAUGUCAAGACACUAUUUGAUCGAUGGCCAAAACAAAGUUUAGUCUGCGCCAAAAGACAAGACCUCUUUGGCCGUUUCUGAGAACACCAACCGACUGCACCUCGGAGUAUUUCCAGACUUAAUUUGUGUCCCACUUUUUCCAUGGAUUUAAAGACCUUGCUGGACAACCUUUAUGAUGAAGUAUCCUGUUCUGUGUGCAUGUUCCCAUUCUGGAGUAUGUAAUUUGAACAGUAUCAGGGAUGACUUGGCCGAAGGUUGAUUAAUGUAUUUCCUCGAGACACAGGGAUUAACUAACACACAUGCACAAUCUUGGACAAAAUAGGCGAAAAAAUUAAUGCGUCCACCCUCCUGUAAAAUAAAGGAUCAGGAUUGGGGAUAUAAUGGCGCGUUUUGGCUUUCGCAUGGCUUUUUGCUCCUGAUCUUUGAGCCAACGGGGACUUGAUUUCCCAGUGUCCAAGGAUUUUUAAAUCCCGUGUCGGUAACGGUGUUGAGGGUACAAAAAUAUUCAAACAAUUUCAGUAGUCUAUGCUUUAGCCUGCCUAGCAAACUUUUCCAAAUGAAUUAGGGAGAGAGAGCUCCUUCAUUCCUCUUUUCUGCUCUCGCUCUGACUUUCAUGACGACCUCGCGCGGAAACUAUUGCCGCAGGCAGGUUAUCCAUGCUUCAAAGAACUGAUUUAAAAUUCUCGGAAAUACAGAAUGUUUUUUAUUCUUCCGUCAAACCAUCAAAACAUGUCAAGAAACGCUAUUUGAUUGGUUAAUGAUACAGAAUUAAUUAAGUCUGGGUGACAAGACAAAACUUCAUUGUUCCUUUUCAAAGCCAUUCCCUAAAUCGUCAACAAUUAGGCCGAAAUUUUUGAAAAGUAACCUUGUUUCCGACCUUUCCAUGGAUAUAAAGACCUUGCUGGACAAUCUUCAUGAUGAAAUAUCCUGUUCAGUGUGCAAGUGCGCAUUCACUGAUCCCAAACAGUUGCCUUGUUUGCACAGUUUCUGUCUUCAUUGCCUGAACGGAAUUCAACGAACGAGCGGCGUCCAUGCCAAAAUUACAUGCCCCGAGUGCAAGAGACAGUUUCAAAUCCCUGGAAGUGGAAAUCCCAGCGAACUUCCCACCAAUUUUCGUAUUAACAAUUUGCUAGAAGUCUUGGCAAUAAAAGAAUGCAAUACAACUAACGUGAAAUGUGGAAACUGCGACAAGCGGAGCGCCCAGACCUUAUAUUGCUUCCAGUGUUGUUCUUUCUGGUGCGAGGAAUGUAUCUUAGGACAUAACAUGAUACGCAUCAAUAAAGAACACAGAACGCUGGCACUGAAAGAUUUUCAAGAUCAAGACAUCGAGGCCGUGUUAAAGAGACCGGCAUUUUGUCAGAAGAAACGACAUGAAAAAGAAGAGUUGAAAUUCUUUUGCAAGGACUGUAAAGUCGCCAUUUGCAACACUUGUGCUGUAACACUCCAUGAAGGUCACGGAAAGAUGCUUUUGGAAGAAGCUGCAGAAGAGUGCAAGACUCAGAUCAAAUCCAUGACUCAAUCUUUAAUAGAAAAAGCACAAGAAAAACGGAAAGAACUCGAGCAAUUGAACCAAAAGAGCGCGGAGAUUAAAAUGCAAGCAGCCUACUUAAAAAGCCAAGUGCAGACGAAUGUAGAUCAGGUUAUUGCAAUCAUCGAAGCGUGGAAACAGGAUGUUUUUAAUGCAGUCGAUUUUCAAGCGAAAAAUAUCACCGGAAUCUCUCUCACAGAAAAAAGACCAAGUUGA